CCCCUCACAAUUUCGAGAGAGAGAGAGAGAGCGAGUGUCCCUCAUUCACUUUCUCACACACAGAUCCAAACCCUAGAAAUUGCAGAUUCCCAAUUCCACCAGAUCCAAUUCCAGAGGCGUCUCUGUAUAGAUUGAUUCCAAGAUUGGCACAAUUUCUUGAGCCAUGGCGUGUAUAAAAGGGGUGAACAGAUCGGCGUCGGUGGCGGUCGCGCCGGACGCGCCGUACAUGGCGGCCGGGACGAUGGCGGGAGCCGUGGAUCUGUCGUUCAGCUCCUCCGCCAACAUCGAAAUCUUCAAGCUCGAUUUACAGUCCGACGAUCGUGAUCUUCCGGUGGUCGGAGAGUCGACGAGCUCCGAGAGAUUCAACAGGUUGUCGUGGUCCAAGCCCGCUGCUGGAUCAGGCUCUCAAGACUUCGGCCUUGGCCUCAUCGCCGGUGGACUCGUCGAUGGGACUAUUGAUAUCUGGAAUCCGCUCACUCUGAUUCGUUCCAAGACGGGGGAAAAUGCUUCAGUUGAGCAUCUCACCAGACAUAAGGGGCCAGUUCGUGGUCUUGAAUUCAAUGCAAUUACACCACAUUUACUUGCAUCUGGGGCCGACGAUGGUGAAAUUUGCAUCUGGGACUUGGCUAAUCCUACUGAGCCAACUCAGUUUCCGCCUCUUAAGGGAAGUGGCUCUGCUGCCCAGGGUGAGAUUUCAUUUUUAUCUUGGAAUAGCAAGGUCCAACAUAUACUGGCAUCCUCUUCAUAUAAUGGGACAACUGUGAUUUGGGACCUAAAAAAGCAAAAGCCAGUGAUUAGCUUCACGGAUUCAGUUAGAAGACGUUGCUCUGUUUUGCAGUGGAAUCCUGAUAUUGCCACUCAGCUUGUUGUUGCUUCAGAUGACGACGGUUCACCUUCUCUCAGGCUCUGGGAUAUGCGUAAUAUAAUGUCACCAGUUAAAGAGUUUGUGGGGCACACUAAAGGUGUAAUUGCAAUGUCAUGGUGUCCUAACGACAGCUCUUAUCUGCUAACAUGUGCCAAGGAUAAUCGAACUAUCUGUUGGGACACAGUUUCUGCAGAGAUUGUAUGUGAAUUGCCUGCAGGCACCCACUGGAAUUUCGAUGUGCACUGGUAUCCAAAAGUACCUGGAGUGAUAUCAGCAUCUUCAUUUGAUGGAAAAAUUGGAAUUUAUAAUAUUGAGGGUUGCAGUAGAUAUGGUGUGGGGGAGAGCGACUUUGGUGCUGGGCCUCUGAGAGCACCAAAAUGGUACAAGCGACCAGCUGGGGCGUCUUUUGGUUUUGGAGGCAAGAUCGUGUCCUUUCACCCUAGUUCAUCUGGUGCAGGUGCUUCAGAGGUUUAUGUGCACAGCUUGGUUACUGAACAAAGUUUGGUGGAUCGCUCAUCUGAAUUUGAAAGUGCAAUACAAAAUGGGGAGAGGUCUUCACUCAGGGCUUUAUGUGACAAGAAGGCACAGGAGUCUGAGACUGCUGAUGACCGGGAAACAUGGGGAUUAUUAAGGGUUAUGUUUGAAGAUGAUGGGACUGCAAGGACAAACCUGAUCACACAUCUUGGUUUCAUUGUACCUGAGGAAACAAAAGAAAUUGUUGAAGACAAUCUAUCUGCAGAAGUCAAUGCACCUGGGAUUGAGGAUUCAACAACUGACAAAGCUGGUUUGGGUGAUGAGAAGGAAACUACAAUUUUUCCUUCUGACAAUGGAGAAGAUUUCUUUAACAAUCUUCCUAGUCCUAAAGCUGACACUCCUCAUUCAACCUCUGGUGACAAAUUUGUGGUGGGGGACACAGUUCCUAUUACAGACCAAGUUCAAGAAGAACAUGAUGAACUGGAAGAGAGUGCUGAUCCAUCAUUUGAUGAAUCAGUUCAACAUGCUUUAGCUGUAGGAGAUUAUAAAGGGGCUGUUGCAAAGUGCAUGUCAGCAAAUAAAAUGGCUGAUGCUUUAGUUAUUGCUCAUGCUGGUGGUCCUACAUUGUGGGAGAGCACUCGGGAUCAAUACCUUAAGUUGAGCCAUUCACCUUACCUUAAGAUUGUUUCUGCAAUGGUGAGCAAUGAUCUAUCAAGUCUUGUUAACACCAGACCCCUCAAAUUCUGGAAGGAAACACUUGCUGUUCUCUGUAGUUUUUCAUCAGUAGAGGCGUGGGAAGACCUGUGUAAUAUGCUUGCUGCCAGACUUAUAGCUGCUGGUAAUACCCUCGCAGCAACUAUUUGUUAUAUAUGUGCUGGAAAUAUUGAUAAGACAGUAGAUAUUUGGUCAAGGAAUCUGACAACUGAUCACGAAGGGAGAUCCUAUGUUGACCUUCUUCAGGAAUUAAUGGAGAAGACUAUAGUACUUGCCUUGGCAACUGGACAGAAGCGAUUUAGUGCAUCUUUGUGUAAACUUGUUGAGAAAUAUGCUGAAAUUUUAGCUAGUCAAGGUCUUUUAACAACAGCACUGGAGUACCUGAAACUCUUGGGCACUGAUGAAUUGCCACCUGAACUUGUGAUCUUAAGGGAUCGUAUUGCUCUUUCUACAGAACCUGAGAAAGUCGCCAAGUUUGAAAACCCUGCACCAGCUAAUAUAUAUCCAGAACCAAACCCUUACAGGCCAGGGAACGUUUCAUAUUAUCAGGAACCAACUCCGACACAUGUGCAACCUCGUGGUCCUGGCAAUACGUAUGAUGUUUAUCCUGAACCUGCGAAUCCUCCGUAUCAUGGAUAUUCUCCCGCCCCUUUCCACCAGCCUCCGUCACAGCCUCCAUCACAGCCUCCUAACAUGUUUGUUCCUAUCCAAACACCUCAAGUACCAAAGGACAAAUUCUAUACAACUCCUGCACCUACUCAGCCUCCCGCGACCUUUAUUCCUUCGACUCCUCCUGCUUUGUUAAAUGGAGAAAAAUAUCAGCAGGCCAACACCAACUCGCUGGGUUCUCAGUUGUAUCCUGGAGGUGCUUUUCAACAUAUGCAAACAGGGCCUAGUUCAGGAGCUCCUCAUCAAUCACAUGUCAAUCCAGUUCCCGGAAAUAAGAUGCCACAAUCUGUGCCCCCUCCACAAAGUGGGUUUAUGCCAGUCACUAAUCCAGGAGUUGUUCAGGGGACUCUGCAGCCAUCUAGUCCCCCUGCUCCAGCUCGACAGUCUGUGGCUCCAGCUCCACCACCUACCAUACAGACAGCUGAUACUUCAAAAGUUCCUGCCCACCAAAAGCCCAUAAUCGCAACACUAGGGAGACUUUUCAAUGAAACCUCUGAAGCGUUGGGAGGUUCACGUGCGAACCCAGCUAAGAAGCGUGAAAUAGAAGAUAAUUCGAAGAAGAUAGGAGCAUUGUUUGCCAAACUUAACAGUGGAGACAUAUCUAAAAAUGCGGCUGAUAAUCUUGUGCAGCUGUGCCAGGCACUGGAUAACGGUGAUUUCAACACUGCGCUAACAAUUCAGAUACAUCUUACCACUACCGAGUGGGAUGAAUGCAACUUUUGGCUUGCAACCCUCAAGCGGAUGAUCAAGACCAGACAAAAUGUGAGAUUAAGUUAAGGAGGUUCCCGAGUGUCAGAUUGAUUGGUUUUUGAAAUUUCAUGUGGCCCAAGGCUUGUUGGUGCAGGAGUUGUUGCAUCUUUUGUGCACACAAGGAGAGCAUCUAUAGGUUUCGAUUUCAGGAAUUUGGUCUCAAUAUCACUUUCGUAGGCCAGUGAUUGGUUUCAAAGCAGUUAGUGAAGAUAGUAUCUGGACAGUAAUGGACUUGUCGACUGUUUCUAUUUUAUAUUUGUAGUUAUCAGAAAUAGUAUUGAUUUUCUUUUUUCUCACAGUUGCAUAGGAUGUUUGCAGAGCUGCUUCAAGCAUUUCUAGUGGUCUGGUUACGUUGGCCAUCAACGUGUACCACCUUUGUGAUUUCAUUAUAUGAACCCACAAAUCAGAAUGAUGACUUCAAUUUUGAUGAAAGUGAUCGACUUGCUUUGCUUUAUAUUUACUCUUUUGCCAAUUUGGGAUAUAUAAAAUACACUUUUGGCA